UCAAGAGCAGGCAAAAAAAUCGAAGGGAAGCAAAGGGGGAAUAAGGGAGUCAAAACACCGAAAAGACGACCCCUGAACAGUUUCUCCCGCCUCAUUGCCAUCGCUACAGGCUCUUGCGCCCAGCAUGGGCACCCGGGGCGACGGAUGGAUCACCGUGGGCCGCCGCUUGGCCUUGGAGGAGGACGCAGAAUCAUGGGCUGAACAAGAGGUGAGGGAGCGAGUGGCCAUGGCGGCCUGGGACAGUGACGAGCAGUGGCCCAGCGUACACAAACCGCUCUUCAACGGCCCUGACGCAAAGCGAUUCGACGCCCGCCUGACGCCUCUCGACUACCUCGGCGGCGGCGCCUUUGGCCGCGUCGACAAGGUCCAGCAUGGCUCCGUCUGCCUCGCCCGCAAGCGCAUCAUGCGCCGCCGCGGCCUGACAAUCGAAGACUUGCGACAGGAAGGCCUGACGAUGCGCAAGCUGGAUCAUCGCCAUGUCGUCAAGCUCGUCGCCGCGUACAUGCCCAGGCCGCACGAACUGUGCCUGCUCAUCUGGCCCGCCGCCGUCUGCGAUCUCGACACUCUGCUCGAUAAUUUGGACUCGAUACGGACGGGAAAGGGGGACCGCGAAGACGUCUUGGCCAGGCUGGAUGCGCUAGAACUCACCGAUCUGAGCGCCAUUGAGCCCGCCACGGAGACGCAGAACAUGGAUUCACUGGCGAAAUGCCCGUUCGAGUUUCUCCGCGGCGUGGUCGGUUGCGCGGCUCGCGCAAUGGCCUAUUGCCAUCUCAACGGCGUCCGCCAUCUCGACAUCAAGCCCUCAAAUAUCCUGCUUAAGCCCGGUCGUGUCUACCUCGCCGACUUUGGCAUCUCCAAGGAUGUUAGCGACCAGGAACAAACCACCAUUGACGGCAACCCCGGGACGGAGAAGUGGCGCGCCCCGGAGCUGUAUAGCGAGAACGGCUCUAGCAUGCAGCUCUCCGACAUCUACUCCCUAGGAUUGGUGUAUCUCAACAUUGCAACUGUGCUUUACAACGUGAGGCUCUCCGAGUUUGAGGAUGCCCUGACCUACCAAGCCGACCUCGCACGCAGCGAGAAGCUAGCAAUACGCGAAGACAAUCUAAGAUGUCUUCUCGAGAAGCUCACCGCUCACGCCUUGGUGACGCCGCAAUUCAUGUUUACCUACGAGGGCCAAGAAACUGUAAGACCGCGGCCACUCGUAAACCUCAUUGCCAAGAUGAUAUCGUCCAACCCCCGUGCUCGGCUGUCGGCCGACAAAAUCGACGAGAAGCUUUCCAUGAUCGGGGGCAUCCACCAGAUAUAUCACGGCGAGUGUUGUAAACGGCCGGUCUCAUGGGUCGAGGACAAGUGGGACAAGAAGUUCGUCGCUCUCAUGAGCCUCAAGGCGGAGAACGACGACCUGAAGAGAAAGAUUGCCGAGCUACACGGCAGAGACGAAACAUAUGAGAAACGGCUGGAGAAUGAGCGGAGAGCGCAUGAACAUGACGUUGCCAAACUCCAAGCUCUGCUGAAGAGUGCGGAAGAAAAGUGCCAUAUUCUUGAGCAAGCUCAGGCUCAAGCACAGGCGCAGGGUGGACGCAGAAGAGGUCAUGACCGCGAGCAUCGUCAGGCCGGUCAGGGAUCGAAACCGCAUGCUCCCCCUUCGCCAGCUUCGAAAAGGAUCGGUCUCGGCUUGACAAAGGCUCGCUCGACACCGUCAGCAGUCCCACAACGGCCGCCGCUUCGGCCUUCAUAUCAGUCAUCCCCUCGGGCCUCUGCAAACAACUUCAGUUCACCUACCCCACCAUCUCGAUCAACCGAAUCGCUAUCCAGAUACAGCAACAGCUCAACCGUUAAGGCGGCCCAGCCAGUGUCGCCCGGCUUACCGAAUCGGACCCCGAGCAACACAAGCUUAUCGGGUUACAUGCUACGAUCUAGGGGAUCAGGGUCCAAACUGCCCCUUCCUGUGACCCCUGGCAGUCGUUCAGGCACUCCAAACACUCCAAACCUCAACCAGGAGCAAAGCCUGACAGACAGCAGCAUGUCGUCGUCCAUCUUUUCCAGACAGAGCAUAGACACCGUGCCAACACCAACUCACAACAGCCCGUCUGCGAGCAAGGUGCUCACAGCUGACGACAAGCCGGACAUCCUCUGGGGGGAUCUACCCCGUAGAGAACGAAGACCCUCUACGCCGCCACCGCCCCCAAGUCCAGGCCUGUCGCUGUCUCCUUCGAUCAUGUCAUCACCUACGCCAUCAAGGUCUGGCUUUGCUGAAGGCGAGGACGGGGAUCCCAAUGUGACUGUGAGGCCGCGAAGGAUACCUUCCUUGAAACCGAUGAAGAGCUGGGCUGAGGUGGCAAGAAAGGAGCUGAGCAGGAUGGAGAUUAGGCAGCUGAACCGGAAAUGACGAAGGAAAACAAAAGAACUACUACGGGGACAGAUACUAGAUGCUAUUCGGCAGAAAAGAAGAGACGGCGGGACUUUGAUUGAAGUGUGACCGAAGAGCUGAAUACUACUCUGCCUCAUCAUUCCAAUGCCUCAGCAUGGAAUCACUAUGCCUC